AUGGAUCAUGCUGAAGAAAAUGAAAUCCUUGGAGCAACCCACCGGUACUAUGUGGAAAGACCUAUCUUUAGCCAUCCAGUCCUCCAAGAAAGAUUGCACAAGAAGGACAAGGUUUCGGAUUCCAUCGGGGAUAAGCUGAAACAGGCAUUCACAUGUACUCCUAAGAAAAUACGAAAUAUCAUUUACAUGUUCCUCCCCAUAACCAAGUGGUUGCCUGCAUACAAAUUCAAGGAGUAUGUGUUAGGUGACUUGGUCUCAGGCAUAAGCACAGGGGUGCUGCAGCUUCCUCAAGGUUUAGCCUUUGCAAUGUUGGCAGCUGUGCCUCCAGUGUUUGGCCUAUACUCUUCAUUUUACCCCGUUAUCAUGUAUUGUUUUUUUGGAACCUCCCGACACGUAUCCAUAGGUCCAUUUGCCGUUAUUAGCCUGAUGAUAGGCGGUGUGGCUGUUCGAUUAGUACCGGAUGAUAUAGUCAUUCCAGGAGGAGUAAAUGCAACCAACGGGACAGAGGCGAGAGAUGCCUUGAGAGUAAAAGUCGCCAUGUCUGUGACCUUACUUUCAGGAAUCAUUCAGUUUUGCCUAGGUGUCUGUAGAUUUGGAUUUGUGGCCAUAUAUCUCACGGAGCCCCUGGUCCGUGGGUUUACCACUGCUGCAGCUGUGCAUGUCUUCACCUCCAUGUUAAAAUACCUGUUUGGAGUUAAAACAAAGCGGUACAGUGGGAUCUUUUCAGUGGUGUAUAGUACAGUUGCUGUGUUGCAGAAUGUUAAAAACCUCAACGUGUAUUCCCUAGGCGUUGGGCUGAUGGUUUUUGGUUUGCUGUUGGGUGGCAAGGAGUUUAAUGAGAGAUUUAAAGAGAAAUUGCCAGCACCCAUUCCUUUAGAGUUCUUUGCGGUGGUUAUGGGAACUGGCAUUUCGGCUGGGUUUAACCUGCAUGAAUCGUACAAUGUGGAUGUCGUUGGCACACUUCCUCUGGGGCUGCUACCUCCAGCCAAUCCAGACACCAGCCUCUUCCACCUUGUGUACGUGGAUGCCAUUGCCAUAGCCAUCGUUGGAUUCUCAGUCACCAUCUCAAUGGCCAAGACCUUGGCAAAUAAGCAUGGCUACCAGGUUGAUGGCAAUCAGGAGCUCAUUGCCCUGGGACUAUGCAAUUCCAUCGGCUCACUCUUCCAGACUUUUUCAAUUUCAUGCUCCUUGUCUCGAAGCCUUGUUCAGGAGGGAACCGGAGGGAAGACACAGCUUGCAGGUUGUUUGGCUUCAUUAAUGAUUCUGCUGGUCAUAUUAGCCACUGGAUUUCUCUUUGAAUCACUACCUCAGGCUGUGCUGUCGGCCAUUGUGAUUGUCAACCUGAAAGGAAUGUUUAUGCAGUUCUCAGAUCUCCCCUUUUUCUGGAGAACCAGCAAAAUAGAGCUGACCAUCUGGCUUACCACUUUUGUUUCCUCCUUAUUCCUGGGACUGGACUAUGGUUUGAUUACUGCUGUGAUCAUCGCACUGCUGACUGUGAUUUACAGAACACAGAGUCCAAGCUACAAAGUCCUUGGGCAGCUUCCUGACACUGAUGUGUACAUUGAUAUAGAUGCGUAUGAGGAGGUCAAAGAAAUUCCUGGAAUAAAAAUUUUCCAAAUAAAUGCCCCAAUUUACUAUGCAAAUAGUGACUUAUAUAGCAAUGCAUUAAAAAGAAAGACCGGAGUGAACCCGGCCUUCAUAAUGGGAGCAAGAAGAAAGGCGAUGAGGAAAUACGCUAAGGAGGUUGGAAAUGCCAACAUGGCCAGUGCGACUGUAGUCAAAGUGGAUGCCGAAGUAGAUGGAGAAGAUGGCACCAAGCCUGAGGAAGACGAGAAUGAAAUAAAAUACCCCCCAAUAGUCAUCAAGAGCACACUUCCUGAGGAACUGCAAAGAUUUAUGCCCCCAGGGGAUAACAUCCACACCAUCAUUCUGGAUUUUACACAAGUCAAUUUUAUUGAUUCUGUUGGUGUAAAAACUCUGGCAGGGAUUGUGAAAGAAUAUGGAGAUGUCGGUAUUUAUGUAUAUUUAGCAGGAUGCAGUGCCCAAGUUGUGAAUGACCUCACUCGAAAUCGAUUCUUUGAAAAUCCUGCCUUACUGGAGCUGCUGUUUCACAGCAUUCAUGACGCAGUCUUAGGCAGCCAAGCCCGAGAAACGCUUGCUGAACAGGAAGGCUCAGCUGUUCCUCCCCAGGAGGACUCCGAGCCCAACGCCACUCCCGAGGCCUAG